AUGGUUUCUGCAAUUUUGUCCACUUACGCUGGCUCUGGUACCACAGUUAUUAUUGGAGUAUCAACUGAACAAAUCACAUUUAAUCCCAUGAUACUUCUAAGUGGACGCACCUUGAAAGGAGCUUUAUUUGGAGGUUUGAAGAGCAAGGAUUGUGUUCCUCAACUUGUAUCAGAUCUGAUAUCAGAAAAGUUUAAAUUGGAUGGUUUGAUAACUCACCGAUUACCUUUUACUGAAAUAAACAAAGGAUUUGAGCUUUUGCAUAAAGGAGAAAGGUAA